AUUAUUAUCUUACGCUUUAUAAAUACGUUAUGAAUGUGAGUGUGAAUUUCCAAGUCCUAUUACACCUAUUUAAGCUGGUCAGCGAAAGAUAGGGUUCAAGAGUCGAAACGAAGCUCAGUUGAGUUAUGAAUUGGUAGGUAAAUAUAGCUUAUCCACCCUAUUAUUUACAAGAAAAUAAUAAAGGUGCGAAAAUUAAAUACCCUACUUACUCUAUGACACUUCUCUAUAGGCUUCUAUCUUUAUGGAACAAUUCCUAACCUAAAAUCACUUUAAACUUCAACAUAAUCCAUAAAAUAAAAACUUGCCAGAAUAGAUGUUUUGAGUUAAGUGAUCUCGUGAUACAAACUCUAUCAAGGUUAGUUGAAAUGGUACAGUUUUCGUCACAUUUUUACUAAUAGUAAAAUGUUCGAGCAUUCCAUUAAAGUACCAAGGCACUAUAAAAUUGCUGCUAAUAUAUUAAAAAAAGUUUCCACUGAGGGCGGCAGCGUUAAAACCUUGCUGUACGAUAAUAAACUUCGUCAUUUCAGAACAAACGUGCUAUUUGCACUUAUAACCGAAACUAUAAAACAUGCCGCACAUAUUGACAAAAUCUUUGAUAGUUGUAGUCUUCUUAAAAAUGAAUCACGUUUAGAUCCUUGGCUAGCAAAAAUAUUAACAGCAGAAUUGCUAUUUGGUAAAAAAUCAUUACCUGGGAAAAGUAAACCAGAACAAACAAUAUUAUCAUACAAAGAACAAUUCGAAAAAUAUACAGAUGACCAUGAAGAUGAUUUGAAGUCUAAAGUUGUUCGCAGACCCAGAUAUGUCCGCGUUAACACGAAUCUGUUAACCACAUCUGAUGCAAUACGAGCCUUCCAGGAUGAAGAGUAUCGCUUCAUCAGAUGCACUUCCGGCUCCUACGACGACUAUCUCAAACAAAUACAAAAUCUCACCGAGUAUGAUUUUACACAGGAUUACCAUGUGAAAACGGUAUUUGUUUUUGCUCCUGGUACCAAAUUUCAUGAACAUGAAUUGUAUUUGGAGAAUAAGCUUAUAUUGCAAGAUAAGGCAACAGCUCUGGCAGUUCAUCUUUUGGCUGCACCUUCUGGUAGCGUUGCAUUGGACAUGUGCGCUGCACCCGGUAUGAAGACAACGCAAUUGGCUGCUUUUAUGAGAAAUGAGGGGAAAAUUUACGCGGUGGAAAGAAACGAGCAACGUUAUAAGACGUUAUGUGAGUUUGUUGAGAAAACUGGAUCAAAAUGUGUAGAAACAUUACACAAAGAUUCCUUAGAAAUUAAACGAGGAGACUACGAUGACGUAGAAUAUAUUUUAUUAGACCCUAGUUGUUCUGGUUCAGGUAUGGAAUUUUGCGUACACAACUACAUCGAAGAAACGAGAUUAGCUAAACUUACAUCAUUGCAGGAAAAGUUUUUAAAACAUGCAAUGAAUUCGUUUCCUAAAGCAAAGAGGAUAGUUUACAGCACAUGUUCUUUGUAUCCAGAAGAGAAUGAAAGAGUUAUAACGAAUGUUGUGAAAACAUCAAGAGCUAAAUGGAGAGUUCAAGAUGUAAAGGAAUUGUUGAAAGGUGAAUGGAAUAACUUCGGUUCAGGAAUGUAUGGUAGUAUCGGUACAAGAUGUUUGUACGCAAAACCUGAUACAGAUUUGACGACUGGAUUCUUUUUAGCUGUAUUGGAUAGGGAUCAGAAAGAUUUAGAAAAGAAAGAAAAUCACGAAAACAAUCCAAUCAAUGAAGGAAGAAAAGGAAAGAAGAAUAAAACAGACCAAAAUAAUGACAUUAAUCCUAGUAGUGCAGAAUUUGAUGAAACAGGACAUAUGGAACAUAGUAGUAUUGCUCAGAACGAAAAUGAUGCAGCUCUUAGUACAAAUACAAAUAAAAAGAAAAAUAAAUCUAAAAAAGAUAAAAAAGAUGAUUGUACAGAUAUUGUAAAUGAUGAAAUUAAUACAAUAAGCGAUAUUAAUGAGGAUGCUAAGAGUAAAUCCAAAAAGGAAUCUAAGAAAAACAUUAAACUCGACGAACACGAGUUUGAAGAGAAAGAUAACUUGAUUAUUGAUACUAAAGAAUCAAGCGAUGAAAAAACUAAAAAGAAAAAGAAGAAAAGAGAUAAAACAAAAGAAAUAAAUAAUACAGAAAAGGAGGACGCUAUAGAACCUACUGUAGAUGAUGAUGAAGGAAAAGUACAAAAGAAGAAAAGGAAACGUAACUCUGAACAGAUUAUAGAUGAAUCAAAUACUGAUUGUUUAUCAGAUAAUUCAAAGAGUAAAAAAGAAAAAUAUUUACCAGUCGAGAAUACUAAUGCAACUGAAACAGAAGAGCCGAAAAAGAAAAAAAAGAAGAGUAAACAUUAGUCUAUUAAAUCAUGAAGUUUGUAUUUUUUACAAUAAAUUUAAAAUUUUUAA